AUGAUAUUACAGACUUUUUGGACCAACAUCCAGGAGGAGCAAGCAUUUUACUUCAAUAUGCUGGAAAUGACGCAACAAAGGCAUUUCAAUCUAUUCACGAGGCCGACAUCCUUACUAGGUACCUUGCUCAAGAGUACGGUUAACCCUGAGUGCUUCAUCCAACGCAGAGCUGAAUUUAGCUUUAGACAAAUCCUAGGACCCGUUUCGACAGUGCAGGAGGAGAAGGAGUCCAAAACUGCGGCCAUUUCAGAGAAAAAAGUGCGACUCUCCUCCGUCAUCAGUAUUCUGGAUUUUGAAUACGCGGCAUCGCAGAAUCUCCCCCCAGCUGCCUUUGCAUUUAUCAAGACAGGCGCCGAAGACGAACAUGCAGCUAAAUGGAACCGUGAUUCCUGGAAAAUUAUUCGUCUGCGCCCGCGUGUACUUCGGCCAAUCGAUCAGGUUGACAUUUCGCAGUCUAUUCUGGGAACCAAGUUCGCUGCGCCCUUUUUCAUUUGCCCGGCUGGAGGCUCUAAGCUCGCUCAUUCCCAGGCUGAUUUGUGUUUGACUAAGGCUGCUGGUCGUCAGCAUAUAUUGCACUGGGUAUGCAACAACACUCAUAUGUCUCAGGAAGGUAUGAGCAAUGCACGUGCACCUGAUCAAACCACAUUCUGGCAGAUUUAUGCAAGAUCAGACCUUGAUGUUACGACUCAAGAAAUCAAACAAGCGAUCAAGCUGGGAUAUAAGGGGUUUGCGCUGACUGUAGAUGCCGUUCGUGCCGGCAAGCGAGAGCGUGAUUUACGGGUGACCUAUGCUCAGCGUGAACAAGACGAUAUGAUGGUUAACGAUGAUGAUGAAGACGAGAACUUUGCUGGAGAACCUUCGGUGGGGCGACCGGCAGUGGAGUCUAGUCUUGACUGGAUUUCUGCUAUGAAAUGGCUUCGAGGUAUAACUGACCUGCCUUUGGCCAUCAAAGGGGUUCAGUGCUGGGAAGAUGCGGUGCUAUGCAUGGAAUAUGGUGCUCAUCCGUGGGUUUCAAAUCAUGGAGGCCGCCAGCUAGAUUCGGCUCCUUCAGCGGUGGAAACCCUAGUCUCCAUGCGCCAGAACUGCCCAGAAGUCUUCGAAAAAUGCGAAGUUAUUGUCGAUGGCGGUAUCACCCGAGGUUCCGAUAUUGUCAAAGCCCUUGCGCUCGGGGCCAAGGGUGUUGGAUUGGGCAGAGCCUUUCUCUAUUCCGUGGCAUUUGGCGAAGCAGGUGCCAACAAGGCGAUGCGCAUCUUGAAGAAUGAAAUCGAGACGACAAUGGCCUUACUAGGCAUUACUUCGCUCGAUCAACUGAACAGUUCCUACGUCGAUAUCUCUUCUAUCCCACUUGGCGUUGUGAGAUCAAUGCUUUAG